AUGAUCAGUUACCUACAACCGAAACUCCUUAUUUCGGGUUGGGUUGGUGGGUCGAUAUCCAAUAGAAAACGGGCCGGUCCCGUCAGAUGGAGUCAUGGAGAUUGGUUUCGAGCUAGAGUCGGAUACCCGGAUGACCCCUACCCAUUACCCAACCUUGCCGACUACAAAAUCAUUCAGUUUGAACAGAACCGAUAUCAACUCGUUUCCAAAUCGAUUUUGUUACCCCUAUUCCAAGCCGAUAUCUGUAUCGUGUUUCUUGCUUCCUGGAAUCGCUGCUCAUCACCUCGCCUAAGGUUAUGGCUGGAUUUGGGAAUUUGGCACCUAAGACCAAGAAUCUGGUUGUGGCUGGAGGAUUGACUGGUUUUGUGUUUGGUGUGUAUUUCUACACCAUGAGAGCAGUUGGUGGAUCAGAUGAGCUUCAAGUUGCCAUUGAUAAGUAUGAAUCUGAAAAAGUCAAGCAUGACCCCUAACUAACCCUCUCUCUAUCCAUGUUAUGUAAAAUUUUAACUUAUUUCACACUCAUCUUCUAGUGUUUUCAUGGCAUUUUGGUGUUGAAAACAAAAUGAGUUGUGAAUAUAAUGAAAUGAAGCAUGGGUUUUAAAUAAAGACAAAUUCUACCAGCACAGCUUAAUUUGUUAUAGUCGAAUAUUUUUAAUAAAGUGUACAUGCUUUGCAAUUUUUCAAUGUUGAACAUGUGUGUAUAUUGGUUUUUCGUUGUUAAGAGGUU